AGCCGAAAAAAAAAAAAAUUCUUGUAUGGAUGAUAACAGUAAUUGUAAGUUAACGAACUCGAAUUUACUCUAAAAAUAGUCAUCAUGAAAAGAUCAGUGUAUUUAAAUUCAACAGUAAGUUUUAUUGGCUUUUCGGCGAUGAUUCUCUCAAAUUUUACUGUGAAAACUAAAAAUUUUCACUUUAGUCUCAAAGGAGUCGAUAAAGUCAUGGAAACAUACUUUCCGGACGAUUUUAUACUUGGUGCAGGUUCUUCUGCGUUUCAAACAGAAGGCGCAUGGAAUAUAUCUCAAAAGGGUGAAUCCAUUUGGGAUAGAAUGACUCACGAGAAGCCGCAUAAAGUAGUCGAUGGAUCCAAUGCCGAUAUCGCAACUAAUUUUUACAAUAUGUAUAAAACAGACAUUAGUUUAAUUAAACAAAUAAACGGAAACGCGUAUCGAAUAUCGAUAUCAUGGUCGAGAGUUAUGCCAACAGGUUUUAGUAAUAAUAUUAAUACUGAUGGAAUAACAUUUUACAACAAUGUGAUAAAUGAAAUGCUUAGACAAAAUAUUACACCUUUUAUAACUAUUCAUCACUGGGAUCUGCCUCAAAAAUUACAAGAGUUAGGAGGAUGGGCGAAUCCCCUUAUUGCCGAUUGGUUUGUCGAUUAUGCCAAAGUACUUUUUACCGCGUUCGGAGAUAGGGUCAAAUACUGGAUAACAAUAAAUGAACCCUCAAUAAUGUGCCAUAUAAGUUAUACCGGAGACUAUGCGCCUGGAAUCGAUCAAUCUGGUAUUGGAGAAUAUCUGUGUGGUCACCAUGUUUUACUCGCUCAUGCCAAAACAUACCAGUUGUAUGAUAAAGAAUUUCGUCAUCUACAGAACGGUCAAGUAGGAAUUGGAUUAUUUUUGACAUGGCAUCUUCCUGAAAAUCCUAAUGAUCCUGAAGAACUAUCAGGGGUUGAGUUUUCUUGGGAGUUUUGGAACAGCUGGUUUUUGCACCCAAUUUUUUCUAAGCAUGGCGACUAUCCGCACACAAUGAAACACCGAAUAUCGCAACUUAGUCAUCACCAAGGAUUUACCCGCUCACGGUUACCAAAAUUUACAAAGCAACAGAUUGCUAUGAUUAUUAACUCUACUGAUUAUUUAGGCAUUAAUUUUUAUAACUCAAUAAUUCUAAGCAAACUAACUGAUCACAAUUUUGAAAAGUCUGUGUCUUUUGCCGCAGAUACAGGAAUGAAUUCAAUUUUCAAACAUCCCGCAAAAAAUAGAUGUACACCAUUAGACAUGUCUAAGGCGAUCAAACAUAUUUUGCAAAAGUACAAAAAUAUUCCAUACAUAUUUAUCACCGAAAAUGGUUUUGAAGAUCAUGGCGAGUUACUCGACUAUAAUCGCGCAAACUAUUAUUAUCAUUAUCUCCAUCAAGUUUUGAAACUGAUUUCCGAGGGAGUCAAUAUUCGCGGUUACUUUGCUUGGUCUCUCACUGACAACUACGAAUGGAUCAGCGGUUACUCGAUAAGAUACGGAAUUUUUUCGGUUAAUUUUACCGAUCCCCAAUUACCCAGAUCACCGAAGCUUUCUUCGAGAGUUAUAUCUCAGAUUUAUAAAGCUAGAACAGUUACAAGUUCUUUUACCCUCUCCGAUUGAAAUAAAUUUUGUUCUUACGAAUUUAAA